GCAGGCCCGGCUCUGACGUCACCGAUCUGCAUUGCCUGCGUCACAGCAGCAACCCUACUCAAAGCUGCGUGAUUAGGGCGGCCGGGAAGGCGAACAAUACCCGAGCAUCCUCUGCACAUCCGCGGCCCUGCCUCCCCUCAUCUUCCCCGCACUCUUCAUGAUCAGCAUGUAAACAAUGCACCCAUAGGCUACAACGAGCUGCCCAUCGCGGGAAGUGGACACCCAGGGGAUCGCGGGCUGAUUGGGGGGAAGAGAGCCGAGUAUGGAUUUCCAGCAGCUGGCAGACGUGGCGGACAAAUGGUGCUCAAAUACUCCCUUCGAUCUAAUCGCCACCGAGGAGACCGAGCGGAGAAUGGAUUUCUACGCCGACCCCGGUGUGUCCUUCUACGUACUCUGCCCAGAGAGCGGCUGCGGGGACCAUUUUCAUGUGUGGAGCGAGAGUGAGGACUGCUUGCCUUUCCUACAGCUAGCCCAGGAUUAUAUUUCCUCCUGUGGUAAGAAGACUCUUCAUGAAAUACUGGAAAAAGUCUUCAAGUCUUUCAGACCUCUGCUUGGCCUCCCCGAUGUGGAUGAUGACACUUUUGAGGAAUACAACGCAGAUGUGGAGGAGGAGGAGCCAGAAGCAGAUCACCAACAAAUGGGUGUCAGCCAGCAGUAGAGUCAUUAGUGGGUUCUUAAUGUAGAGAAAUCAAUUCCCAAACUAACGUAAUAGUUAUUAAUGUUCCAAAAUGCAGAAAACUCUCCCCAGGGAGCUUUAGCUAAGAACUGAGCUGCCCAUCCAGCCUGUUGACUGAAGAGAUCCUAAGAGAGUUCUCUUGCCUUCCACCAUUCUCAAUUCUAGAAUUUAGCUUUGUUUUGGGCAGUUGUGUUGAGACUGGAAUGUGACUUGAUAUAAUGAAUGUAGCACACUGAAUACUGAGGCUGUGCCUAAAUAUGGGAAACAUAGAACCUGUGUUUUGGUGCAAGUGAAAAAUAAGCAAUGAUUUUGGUUCUUAUUCAUUUUUAUUUUUAAAAUAGACAAAUCGCACCAGGCAUGAAUGCAAAGUGUUACUUACUGAUAAACAUUUCACUUCAAAAUAGGUUUUUGGCACAUGAAUGAAUGGUGAUGUGUAUUUUUAUGGUGACAUCAGGAUAAACACUACUAAUGAUAAUCAAAAUACUGAAUUAUUAAUCAGAAAAUCCAUACAGUUUGUCACAUGCUAUGCAGCUAGGCCAGACACAGAUAUGUACAUAUGCACACCCACAGUAUCUCACAUCACUAUCUUCAACAGAUCAGGAAAUCUGAUAGUGUUGUUUGAAGAGCGUCAAUAGCCCAGUAACCCCUUAUACAACAUGCUUUGUUUAACACAAGGCAAACAAUAUUCGCUGUUUAACACAAGGAAAUGCAAUGUUCCCUAAAAUAGCACAAGUCUUACAACAAAAUGCUAUAAAAAUACUUCUAUCCAGGCACCCUGAGAUAUUUCCAGAUAAUACUGUAAUUCCCUGAAAAUUACAUGAAACUAGCAGGUGAUAUUUUAAAAUUCUAGUCUGGUCUCCGUGCUCAAGCAGAUAUUUAAAGCAUGCGUCAGUAACCAUUGUAAAGCUUGCAACCAGGAAUGGUAUUAGGCAAUAACAGGGUAUAGGGCAGCAUGGAAGGUAAGCUGGGAAAUAAUGUACUCUGUGCAGUCACUGUGGUUAAAUCUACCAAACUAGAGACAGUCAAUGAAUUGAAUAAUAACUCAAUCAUUCUUAAAAUCACUGCAUUGUGCCACAUGGUUAAUACUGAAAUCUAAAAUAGUUUUCAGCCAGUUGCAGUGCUGCAGGGCUUGUACAUCAUAUAAUCUGCUUAUUUUGUGGUCUUCAUCAUGCAGCUCAAUAAAUGUAUUCCGUAUUAGUGGUAUG